AUGAAUGAACCAUCAUUGAUGGGGUACCCUGGUAUGAACCCUAAUAUUAUCUCUGGGAUUAAUACUAGCACUAAUACAACAACUAAUACUACUAAUAACAAUGCGAAUAAUAACAAUGGUCCAGGAACACCUGUUUCUGCAUUACAUUUGAAUCAAUUAAUGGCAGGUUUAGGUCCACCUGGUUUAUCUCAUGAGAAUAACAAUAAUAAUAAUGCUAAUCAUUUAGCAAAUAAUUCUAGACAAUUAUUAGAACAAUUAGCUCAAAAUAAUGUUCCUACUUCAACUACACCAGUUCCAAACAAUAAUAAUGCAAACACCAAUAAUAUGAUUAAUGCAAACACUGUAGGUAAUGAUUCUAAUCAUAACACACCAAUGUUAAACAAUAAUGUUGCUUUACAACCAAUGAAUAUCAAUGCUGGAAAUCCAUUAUUUCAUCCACAUCUUGAAGAUACAGCACUUUUGAAUAAUACAGUAUGGAAGAUGCAAUUACAAUUAGCCAGUGUCUCUAUGCAUUCAAUGGGUCAACCUAAUGUAUACGCAAGGCAAAAUGCAAUGAAAAAAUAUUUAGCAAAUCAAUCCCAAAAUCCACAACAACCACAAAUGACUGAAGCUUCAUUAUCAUUAGUUGAUAAGACUCAAAAAUUAUUAAUGGAAUUUGCUGGCGCUGAUACUUCUAAGGAGAAUCCAAAGAAUCCUAACAAUAACAAUGCGAAUAAUAAUAAUACAACUUCGAAUAGUAAUGAUACUUCAAUGAUGACUGCCUCUACACCAACUCCAAUGGCUACAGGAAACAACAGUGCGUUAUCUACACCGACUACACCACAAGUAGAAUUAAAUAAUAAUCAAAGAGAACAAAUGUCUCCAAAUGUACUAUUGCAACAUAAGAAAUUAUCCCAAUUUAGUAUCGAUGAUGAUGAUGAAUUAAACCCAACUUCAGAUAAAAAGAAUAAAGAUGGACAAUUAUGGCAUGCAUUGGAUUUAUCUAAUUUACAAUUAAUUAACUUGGAUUCUAAUAUUUUCAAAUAUAAAUUCUUAACAAGAUUAUAUUUGAAUGGUAAUGGAUUAACUCAAUUACCAAAGGAAAUUAAAAAUUUAAAAAAUUUACGUGUCUUAGAUUUAUCUCAUAAUAGAUUAACUUCCUUACCUUCAGAAUUAGGAUCUUGUUUCCAAUUGAAAUAUUUAUAUUUCUUUGAUAAUAUGAUUUCUACUUUACCUUGGGAAUUGGGUAGUUUAUUCAAUUUACAAUUCCUAGGUUGUGAAGGUAAUCCUUUAGAAAAAGAAUUAUUGAAGAUCUUCACUGAAAAAUCAGUCACAGGUUUAAUCUUCUAUUUAAGGGAUAAUAGACCUGAGGUACCAUUACUUCAUGAUCGUGAAUUUAUAGAGAUUAAUACAGAUGGAGAACCACAAGCUAAAUUUGAAACUUUAAAAGAAGCCAACUCUGUUUUAGAUUCUGAAUUGUCUAAAAAAAGUUUUACGAUUCUUUCAUACAAUACUUUAUGUCAACAUUAUGCAACACCAAAGAUGUAUCGUUACACUCAAUCAUGGGCCCUAAGUUGGGAUUAUAGACGUGAAAAAUUAAAACAACAGAUUUUAUCUUAUGAUUGUGAUGUUUUAAGUUUACAAGAAGUUGAAGCACAAACUUAUGAAGAAUACUGGGUGCCUAUCCUUGAGAAACAUGGUUACUCUGGUAAUUUCCAUGCAAAAACAAGGGCCAAGACUAUGCAAGGUAAAGAUUCCAAGAAAGUUGAUGGUUGUUGUAUUUUCUUUAAGAAAGAUAAAUUUAAAUUGAUAUCUAAAGAUGCAUUAGAUUUUAGUGGAGCUUGGAUGAAACAUAAAAAAUUCCAACGUACAGAAGAUUACUUGAAUCGUGCAAUGAACAAAGAUAAUGUCGCUUUAUAUUUGAAACUACAACAUAUUCAUUCUGGUGAAAUCGUUUGGGUUGUUACUACACAUUUACAUUGGGAUCCGAAAUUUAAUGAUGUUAAGACAUUCCAAGUCGGUGUUCUAUUGGAUCACAUGGAAUCAUUGUUAAAGGAAGAUAAUCCAAAACGUGAUACAAAGAAAUCUCCUCUAUUGAUAUGUGGUGAUUUCAAUUCAUACCCUGAUUCCGCAGUAUAUGAAUUGUUCAGUACUGGUAGUGUUAAAAAUCAUAUGGAAGAUAACACUCGUGAUUUUGGUUAUAUGUCUCAAAAACAAUUCAACCAUCACCUGGCACUAAAUUCAUGUUACAGUUGUAUUGGUGAAUUACCAUUUACAAAUUUCACACCUUCUUUCACAGAUGUCAUUGAUUAUAUCUGGUUCUCCACACAUUCUCUACGUGUUAGAGGUCUCCUAGGUGAAGUAGACGAGGACUAUGCUAAUAAAUUUGUCGGGUUCCCUAAUGAUAAAUUCCCAAGUGAUCAUAUUCCAUUGAUUGCUAGAGUAGAAUUCAUGAGAGGAAAUAGUGGAAGUAGAAAAGUGUGA